UGGACUCUAUAUAAUAAGUUUUUAUUCUUUGAUCACACAGGGUUAAAUGUUCACAUUUCACAUGACGUUUUAGUUGGCUUCACACCUGCCAAGGCAACACAUUACUGAUCCCCGCAAUGAUCGUUUAAAAUCAUCCAAUCAUCGUCAUUUUCAUAUAGCUAGAGAACCGUUUAAUGUAACCAGCGCCAUAGUAGUGUUUAUCAGUUUCCCCCAAAAAAUCCAUAUUCAUUUCCUCUUGAAGUUCUGCAUUAUUGCAAAAGCCUAUCAAUUAAUACGGUUUGUUUACCGACAUUCUUCAAAAUAUCUUCCUUUGUGUUCAGCAGAAGAAAUGCAUACAGGUUUGGGACAACUUGAUGGAGGUUUGUGUCGUCUUGCUCAUGCAAUAACAGUGUCAUGGCAGCCUUCAAGGGUGUGUGGACUCAGGAGUUCUGGCGAGCGGUUUUGGGGGAGUUUUUAGCCAUGAUAAUAUUCGUGCUGCUUAGUCUUGGAUCCACAAUCAACUGGACCGCAAAACAGGAGAACCCUCCGCCUGCCGACCUCGUCCUCAUCUCUCUCUGCUUUGGCUUAUCCAUCGCAACCCUCGUCCAGUGUUUCGGGCACAUCAGUGGUGCCCACAUCAACCCGGCCGUUACAGCGGCGAUGGUUGCCACGCGGAAGCUGAGCCUGGCAAAGGGUGUUUUUUAUUUGUUGGCACAAUGCCUGGGGGCAAUAGUGGGGGCGGCCAUCUUAUAUGGAGUGACACCAGCAUCAGUGAGAGGAGGAUUGGGAGUGACUUCUGUCAAUACUGAAAUCUCCACUGGUCAUGCCAUUGUGAUAGAGCUCAUAAUCACUUUUGAGCUUGUCUUCACCGUCUUUGCCACCUGUGACCCCAAGCGCAGUGAUCUUAAAGGUUCGGCAGCACUGGCUAUUGGUCUGUCGGUGUGCAUCGGCCAUCUGUUUGCUAUCCCAUACACUGGAGCCAGUAUGAAUCCAGCUCGCUCUUUUGGUCCUGUGGUCAUCAUGGGAAAAUGGGAGGACCAUUGGGUAUACUGGGUGGGCCCUUUAAUAGGGGGCAUCCUGGCCGCCGCUGUGUACGAAUAUCUAUUCUGUCCCGACCCUGACCUGAAGCGUCGCUAUGCCGACGUCCUCUCCAAGAGCCCCUUCCAAAUCGACCCGUAUCGGGUUGUGGACACGGAGUCGUACCCCAGCGAUCAAGCUCAGCUCAUGGCCAAGCAGGCAGCGAUCCGAGUGCUGGACCUGGAGAGGGCAGAGAAGAAGCAGAGGGAGUCUGCUGGAGAAGUGCUGUCGUCUGUAUGACUAGUGAGAGCCACUGAGGAGGAACAGCUCAACAUUAAUGAGCUCAAAGAAACAGAUCUGAUCUAGAGUCACAGUGUGCGUUUGUGUAGAAAUCUUCUACCGAACGACUCCAAACACUUGACUUGAAUCAUUAAGAAUGAGCUAAACCACCUAAUGGUCUGUCUUUGAACUCGCUUUAAACGCUCUUCCCUGUAUGCCAGUCACAGCCCAUAGAUCUCAUAUCCAAUAGAAUCCACUUUGAAGAUUUUAGCCAGUCACUGAACAUCCUUUAGCAGAUGCACCUCAUCAACCACAGAAUCAAUAACUAAAUGGGAUUCUCACAUUUAAGCAACUGUAACGGUUUUCUUUGGUUUACGGGUUAUUACCUGGCAAUCAUGGGUUGAGAUUAGAUCAUCACCAUAGUAAUGCAGACCAUUUUCCUUCUCAGUGCACUCUGUAGAAAUAUUAACCCCCUCUUACUUCUGUCCUCACCCUCUCGCUUUCAAAUUUAAUGUAUUUUUAUAUUGAAUUUUUUCCUUAAGGUUAUGGAUAUGUUAUGUCUUUGAAUCUCGCUCUCAGAAAUCUGUAUAAUUGCAACCCUGCAUGACUUUUAUUUUAUUUUUGAGCCUAAAAUGCAUGACUUUUACGACACAUGCACACAAAACACAAGUUUAUUGUGUCCUAUUGUGUCAGUUCUUUCAUAUCCAACUUACAUUAUUUUAGGCUGAUUAAUUAUCUGCCAUGUAUUGGAUGCAUACAAUUUUGUGUAAUCAAGUGAUGUAUAUUAUAUUAUAUUAUAUUAUAUUAUAUUAUAUUAUAUUAUAUUAUAUUAUAUUAUUAAAGAAAAGUAACAAGAAUUUCUUACAGAAGCCCAUUUUACCCACAGAGUUAUAGAAAUAAUAGGCUUCCAUAAUAAUUCAUUUUACAGGCAUUUACAUCUCUUUACCAGCAGAGGACAGCACAUCCUUAAACUGCCUCGUAAACCUGAAACUCCAGCAAUGGUGAGCAGAUUUAUUUAUCUGUUGGCGAUAAGUAGACUACCAGAUUUUUUUUUUUUUUUUUUUUUUUUUUGUUAUGAAAUAUUGUUUUUUGGGGGACAGUUUAGCUCCCAUCUCCUCUUAAAUAAGUCUCAUUCUCAGUUUCACUUUUAUAACACUCCCUUUCCUUCAUUUAGUCAGAAUGUGUGUGGGCUUGAAAAACCUGAAUAUAUUGUUUUUAAUCAUUUUAAUAUUGUUUGAUUGUUUGAUUUCAUGGCUUAAAUAACAGGUAUAUUCAUAAAAAUGUAAAAAGUUGUGUGAAUUUCUGUUGAAUGUAAUGAUGUUCUAAUGAUGCUCAGCUGUAAAAAGGGAAAAAAAGUAGUUUGCAAUAAUUUGUUCUUUAUAUUUGCAAUAAAUGUGCGAUUUCUUUUUAAUA